CAUUCCAGCACCAGCAGCAGGAAGUUAGAUUCUACGAGAUAACAGCGGUGAAAUGACGCUAUUAAAACAUCAGCCAUCCUGAUUGUCUGAAAAUCUCACACCUUCAUCACCGGAGCUGCUUUUCGCACAUAUUUGGUUAUCACACAUUAAAUGAAGAGGGUUCAAUAUGCUUAUCCAUCGGCGUAGACUAUGUGCUGUACUUGAAGGUAACGCAGCGUGUUCACCGCGGUGCAGAACUGGUGCCAAUAAUAGUUAGUGCUCCGCUGUGGUCUGUGUGAUGCGGUGGCGGCGAUCUGCGGUGAUGCUUUCUCUUUCCGUGAUGCUGGUGAUGUGGGCGGAGGCUCCGGAGGACGUUUUUUCCUCCAGCAGCGCGGAACCUAAACCAGUCUGACCGUCAACUUUACCGAGCGAACGCACGCGACGACGCGGACCGAGAGGAACAGCUGGUAAGUGUGGUCCAUUCAUUGGUUCCACUUCACGGCGGCUUUUUCUGCUUUCAUUUCUAUUUCAGGCGCCGGGUAGCUUUGGCUCUGACCGCGGCUUCCUGGCUGUUCUCAGCUAUGCGCCGCCACCUGUAGCACGGCUCACCUGCCAGAAGCGUGCUCCAAUCAAAAAAAACCUGAAAAACCGCUCCGAACUCGAUGCCCGGCGGCGCUUGUGAAGAGUCGAUCUGCCUGCCUGCGUCGCGAAUGUGUCAAGAUUAAACACGAGCACAGGCGCUAACCAGACACGAGCAUGGCUCCCGCCACCAUGGAGGCGGCCGACGUCGCCGUCGUGGCCGUCUACUUCGUCCUGGUGCUGGCCAUCGGCUUCCUGGUCAUGUGGAAGGCCGGCGGCGGCACGGUGAGCGGCUACUUCCUGGCCGGCCGCUCCAUGAACUGGGCGGCGGUCGGGGCCUCGCUGUUCGUCAGCAACAUUGGGAGCGAGCACUUCAUUGGGCUGGCGGGCUCGGGGGCGGCCAGCGGCAUCAGCGUGGCCGCGUGGGAGUUCAACGCCCUGCUGCUGCUGCAGCUGCUGGGCUGGCUCUUCAUCCCCGUCUACGUCCACUGCGGCGUCUACACCAUGCCGGAGUACCUGUCCAAGCGCUACGGGGGGCGGCGCCUCAAGGUGUAUUACGCCACGCUGUCGCUGGUGCUCUACAUCUUCACCAAGCUGUCCGUGGACCUCUACUCCGGAGCCUUGUUCAUCCAGGAGUCGUUGGGCUGGAACCUGUACGUGUCCAUCAUCAUCCUCAUCGCCAUGACGGCGCUGCUGACGGUCACCGGAGGCCUGGCCGCCGUCAUCUACACGGACACGCUGCAGGCGUUCCUCAUGAUCGUCGGAGCGCUGUGCCUCAUGGUCAUCAGCCUCGUCCGAGUGGGAGGACUUGAAGCGGUGGGGACCAAGUACAUGCAUGCUACUCCAAACAGAACCACCAUAAUGCUGUCAUUUCCCAACCUGACAUAUUACAACUCCUGCCACAACCACCUGGAGCCGAAGCCAAACGCUCUGAAGAUCCUCCGGGGCCUGAGGGAUCCAGACAUGCCUUGGCUCGGCUUCCUGCUGGGCCAGACGCCCGCCUCCAUUUGGUACUGGUGUACAGAUCAAGUGAUUGUACAGCGGGUUCUAGCGGCCAAGAACAUCGCCCAUGCCAAAGGUUCCACUCUCAUGGCCGGUUUCCUGAAGAUCCUGCCCAUGUUUAUCAUCGUCAUCCCAGGCAUGAUUUCCAGGAUCCUGUUUGCUGAUGAGCUGAUGUGCAUCAGCCCAGAACACUGCGUGGAGGUGUGCGGUUCCGCAGCAGGCUGUAGCAACGUCGCAUACCCGCGGCUGGUCAUGUCGGUGAUGCCCGUCGGCCUCCGCGGCCUGAUGAUGGCUGUGAUGAUUGCAGCGCUAAUGAGCGACCUGGACUCCAUCUUCAACUCGGCCAGCACCAUAUUCACACUGGACAUUUACAAGAUGCUGCGAAAGCGGGCGUCGUCGCGGGAGCUGGUGGUAGUGGGCAAACUGUUUGUUCUCCUCAUGGUGAUCAUUAGCAUCGCCUGGGUGCCGGUCAUCAUUGAGAUGCAGGGAGGCCAGGUGUUCUAUUACAUCCAAGAGGUAUCUGGGUACCUGACCCCACCCGUUGCCGCUCUCUUCCUGCUGGGCGUCCUGUGGCAUCGCUGCAAUGAGGUGGGAGCCUUCUGGGGCGGGGUGGUCGGCUUCGUGCUGGGACUGCUUCGCCUGAUUCUGGCCUUCGUUUACCGCGAGCCCCACUGCGACAAGCCGGACACGCGGCCGUUCCUCAUCAAACAUGUCCAUUUCAUGUAUGUGGCAGCCAUCUUGUUUUGGGUCUCAGGUCUGGUGACUGUCAUUGUGAGUUUAUGCACUCCUGCACCCAAAAAGGAACAAAUAAGAGCCACUACUCUGUGUGGGUUAAUGGAGAGGAAGAGGAUAAAGGAGCAAGGUGCACGAGAAGCUGAAGAAGAGGUCUGCGCUUUGCAGCUCCUAAAUCAAAAUGGAAGCCGCAGGCUUGAAAAUGGAAACUGUGAGAGGGGCUCAAACAAGCUUAGUGGUGUCCAGAGCAGUCAACCGAGCAAUGCUCACACAACUCAUUCAGCCCAGAAUGGAUGCCACACACUGAUUUCUGACCCUGAAACAGCAGAGGGGGGAGAAGGCACAGGAGAUGGGGAGGAGGAGAGCUGCUUUGGUAGAGGAGGAGUGGAAAGUGGGAGGGGUAUGAAGGUUUUAGACUGGCUCUGUGGGGUCAAGGAGAAGGCUGACGUCGUUACAGUUCAGAAGGAGAAGAGUGUGGAUGAGCUGCUGAAUGAGCCUCCGCGAACCAGAAUCCUUCUCAACACAGGACUGGUGCUCAUUUGCUGCGUUGGGGUCUUUCUCUUCAUUUAUUUCUCAAUAUAGGGUCUUUUGACUAGGUUGACUCAGUAAGACAGUAUAAUGUAUGUGCCUUAGGUCAGGAUGCUGUGACUACCUGUAUACAACCUGCUGGCCACUGUGGUGCAGGACAAUCCUCCAAGGCCUUGAUCUUUGUGAAAAGGAUGAAGAGUCAGUCCCACUGAGGACGACCAGAGUUCUUCCAAACAUAGUAUUUAAAACAAAUUUCCCUCCUACUGUUCCCUCAGGUUCCUCGCUUUUUGUAUAUACUGCACAACUGUGUACUUCAACAUUGUGUAAAACACUACUAGUGUUUUCAGGGAAAAUGUUUGAAUCCAAAAUGUUUUAUUUUUGUACUUGCAUAAACUAUGAUGUCUGAGCUACGCAACAACAACAACAACAACACACAUUUAUAUCAUGUACAGUAACAGUAAAAUGCACAGGUACACCUGUUCUGCUGUUACUUUUUAUACAGUCUACAGUGAGAUUUCCAGUAUAAAAUUUCCAGUAGUACUGUAACUUACUGUACUAAUGUAAGUGUGGAGCUUUCUGUUCUGACUCACAUCAUACCUGGAGCUUUGCAGUAAUUUAAAUAGUGUUAUAGAUAGAAAUGUGUGGUUGGUUUUGUGUGUAAUUGUGCACCACAGAAUGAGUCUAAUGUGUUUUUAAGAACGUGUUGAAGAAUGUGUUAUGUGAAAUUGUUGAAAGGCAUAAUAACUUUCACUAACAGUUGCUCUUUUGUCUUCUGCUCUUUGGUUGUGUAUAGUUUCUGUGACAUAUUCUUGAAUUUGUCCCAAUGGGGAUGUUUUCGUGAAACAGAAAUUCAUAGUGAAUGGGAAUCUAUUGUAUACUUGUUGUGACUUUGCUUUCAUGUUAUCACUAGUGGCGUGUGUAACAUAGUAACCACACACCAUCCAGUAACAUGUACCAUUGGUUUGGAGAAGUAAUCACUUACACUGCACCACAGUCCUAAAUCUAGUCAUAGUCAACUGAAAAAUAAUAUUUAUUUAUUUAUUUAUUCACUGAUAAUAUAACAGACAUUUAAUAGUCAUCCCUGCAGUUUAAAUCCAUUGUGGAAGCUACUCUGUUCGAUCUGACUGACCUAUCUCCAUCUAUCUCAAUAUUAUUAUGAAUAAUCAGGAAAAACCAGAGGUGCAGGUUCUGAGUCAUACCCAUCAUGUUUCACACACUAAACAAAAGGGUGGAACACCGUAGUCUGGUUUACUGUCAUUUCAUGUUUGCCCAAAAGUUGGAACCAAAAUUACUUUCUAAGCAUUUGACUUUUUAAUAACUAUUCUCCAACUCACAACACAGUCUUUGUUUUGCUAAAAUGCAACAGCAGGGGGUCCCCUAUACUCUGUCCUAGUAUAGAGGACCCCCGCUGGAUCCUGGCCUUCUCAUAAUACAGCAGCCUGGCGAACACCCAAGUCUUUCAGACUCCAUGAACUCAUUUUUUAAUAAAUAUGCAGGUCUGCAAAUCUG